UUCGUUUCCAAAUCAUACUGACCAUGCCUGUCCUUUACGAGCAAGAUAAGCAUGUCUCCUCCGCUAUUUUGACCGGACAGGAGAGAGGUGUGCUUAGAUGCCAGGAACGGACCUCAUUGCUUCAUCACUGGAAGCUCAAUAAGGAGCAGAUAGAAUUGGUGGACAAAGCUGGUUUCGGUUGGUUUCGCCUAAUAGGAUCGAUUAGUUUGAACAAUUCACUUAUCUCUGCCCUUGUCGAGAGAUGGCGUAGAGAAACCAACACGUUUCACUUCCCUUGUGGCGAAAUGACCAUCACUCUCGAUGAGGUAUCGUUGAUCCUCGGUCUUGCUGUUGAUGGCAAACCUGUGGUUGGUGUUAAAGAAAAAGAUGAGGACCCUUCUCAAGUAUGCCUCAGACUUUUGGGGAAACUACCUAAAAGUGAACUGAGUGGUAAUCGAGUCACUGCGAAAUGGUUGAAGGAGAAUUUUGCAGAGUGUCCAAAGGGAGCUACGACGAAAGAGAUUGAGUAUCACAGUCGUGCUUUUCUUAUAUACCUUAUUGGGAGUACCAUUUUUGCAACUACAGAUCCCAGUAAGAUCUCUGUUGAUUACCUUAUUCUCUUUGAGGAUUUUGAGAAAGCUGGAGAAUACGCUUGGGGUGCUGCAGCGCUUGCUUUCUUAUAUAGACAAAUUGGUAAUGCCUCCCAGCGGUCUCAGAGUAUCAUUGGUGGUUGCUUGACACUCUUACAGUGCUGGAGUUACUUUCAUCUGAAUAUUGAUCGGCCAAAGAGAACCACCCGUCAAUUUCCACUGGCACUUUUGUGGAAAGGAAGGCAACAGAGCCGAUCGAAGAAUGACCUGUUUAAGUAUCGCAAGGCACUUGAUAAUCUAGAUCCAUCAAAUGUUAGUUGGUGCCCUUUUGAAGGAGAUCUUGACAUUGUGCCACAAAGUUUUAAAGAUAAUCUACUACUUGAAGGUCGAGAACAAAAUUGAUUGGU